AUGUAUUUUAUUUGUAUUGAUAUAUGUAAUGAUUAUGUAUUAAAAUUCAUGUAUCGAUUGUAUGUAUUGAAAUUUAGUAUUGAUUGUAUAUUUAUUCUUGUAUGUGUAUUUAUUUCUAUUGUUUUAUGUAUUAAAAUUCAUGUAUUUGUAUGUGUAUUUAUUUGUAUUGAAUUAUGUAUUGAAAUUUUCUGACUUUUAUAUGGAUCCUUUC